AUGGACCCUUACUCUACCGAAGGCGAAUUGAUCAAUAUCCACAACUACUUCCACCAGGGCCAGUACCAGGAAGUUGUCGACUUCGACACCUCGUCCUUCUCCCCUGACAACGCCCUGCCCGUUCGCGUCCUAGUCCUCCGAGCUCGACUGGCUCUUGGCCAAGCAGAAGAUGUCCUCGACGAAGUGAAGGGUGAAUCCGAGCCCGAGUUCCAGGCUCUUGGUGCUCUUGCUGAGCUGAACUUGGGCAAGACCGAUUCCGCAGUCCAGACGAUCGAGAAGCUUGUGUCUUCAGCCGCCGACAACACAACGGUUCAGGUUAUUGGAGGAACAGUUCUUCAAGCUGCUGGGAAAUCUGAGGAGGCUCUCGCUCUCCUUACCCAACAUCAGGGAAGCCUCGACGCCGUCUCCCUUCUCGUUCAGAUUCACUUGCAACAAAACCGAACCGACCUCGCCCUGAAGGAAGUCUCCGCUGCUCGGCGAUGGGCCCAGGAUAGUCUCUUGGUCAACUUGGCCGAGUCUUGGGUUGGAUUGAGAGUGGGUGGUGAGAAGUACCAGCAGGCUUUCUACGUCUAUGAAGAGCUUGCCCAAGCUCCCUCAACUUCAUCAGUACGCAGUCUUGUCUCGCAAGCUGUCUGCGAAUUGCACCUUGGACGAACAGAAGAGGCACAGGCUGCCCUGGACCAGGCUUUGGAAAAGGAUGCCAACAACGCCGAUGCCAUUGCCAACUUGCUCGUCCUCAAUGUCAUCUCUGGCAACAAGUCCGAUGAGUUUACACAGAAACUUCAGAGCGCCAAGCCUGAUCACCAGUACCUAGUCGACUUGGAAGAGAAGAGCGCCCUGUUCGACAGAGCUGCCACGAAGUACAGCCCCAAGGUUUCAGCAUAA